CCAUCUGUUUUUUCACUCUGACAAAGUCUCCCCCCCACACACAUAAACAUAAAUCCAAUAUUUCCUUCCACUUCUGACCAUCCAUGCUCCUUCCAAAAUCCUCUCCUAUAAAACUUCUCCUCCGAUUCCCAUAACCGUACCCAUCUUCUCUCUCUCUCUCUCUCUCUCUCUCUCUAUAAAAACACUAUAUUCAUAUACUGUGUUUCAUUCACAAGUGCAAAGAUGUCGAAAAAGGGAAGCAAAGAAAGCAAACUCAGCCGAGUGCUAAAAUCACCCUUUCGAGUGCUGACCAAAGCAAGGGAUUUUUACAUCCAAAGCAUGUCACAGUGCGCCGGAAAUUUCGAAUACGCCGGUGCCAUGGGUUGCCCUACAGGCCAAAUCUCGACCUUGCCGAAGAGCUUUAGUGUCAGCUCAACGAAUUCGAGCAAUUCUGAGGAUCUGAGGGACCUUGUGAGGAUUGCUUCUACGAGGAGUCUUAAUAACAAGGUUCAGGCGGAGCUUCUCCGGCGACAGCAGUCGAUGAAGACCGGUGCGGUGAAGGUUGUGCCGAGGAGUCAUAGCGCCGGUGGCAUCGGAAGGAUUGAUGAAGAAGAGGCUUGUGAGUUUGAUCAAGAUGUUAAGGUCAAUGUUGGUGCGUAUCCCAGAAGCAAAAGUCAUGCUGUUACGAAGAAAGUUAGUGUGUUCUAAUAAUCUAUGGAAGACAGGUAUAAGGAAAGCCAAAUUUAUUGCAUGAUGUUUUUCAUUGUUUUGUUCCAUGUUUUUGUAUUAGGUUUCUCUCCUUCAACAAGUCUACGGAUUUGAAAUCAAUCACAUAAAAUAAAUUUUGACCUUACAUUAUGAAAGAUGGGUCAUCAUAAGAUACAGUUUCAGUCAGAUUAGCCUACUUUAUUUUAUGUAAUUGAUUUUCUCUGUUUGUAGAUUUAUUGUUCUCCUUAAUUCAACAUCAAGUUCAUGCCCUUGUGCUUAUCACCCA